AUGCUGGAGGAAGACAUUCCCUGGAGAGGCCUGGAGGCAGAAACGCUGUAUUUCUGGACCAGAUUGCCUUGGUACUGCUCCUUUCCGUCCUGCUGCAAUGAGUGGGAAGUCCUUGCUCUUAAAGGUCAUUCUCCUUGGGGAUGGUGGAGUUGGGAAAAGUUCCCUCAUGAACCGGUACGUCACCAACAAGUUCGACUCGCAGGCUUUCCACACGAUUGGUGUGGAGUUCUUAAACCGGGACCUGGAGGUGGAUGGACGUUUUGUGACCCUGCAGAUUUGGGACACUGCAGGACAGGAGAGAUUCAAGAGCCUGCGAACCCCCUUUUACAGGGGAGCAGACUGCUGCCUGCUGACUUUCAGUGUGGAUGACCGGCAGAGCUUUGAGAACCUCAGUAACUGGCAGAAGGAGUUUGUCUAUUAUGCUGAUGUGAAGGACCCUGAACACUUCCCAUUCGUUGUCCUGGGCAACAAGAUAGACAAACUCGAGAGACAAGUGAGCACAGAGGAGGCCCAGGCCUGGUGCAUGGAAAACGGUAACUAUCCAUACCUGGAGACUAGUGCCAAGGAUGACACCAAUGUGGCAGUGGCCUUUGAGGAGGCUGUGCGACAAGUGCUGGCGGUGGAGGAGCAGCUAGAGCACUGCAUGCUGGGCCACACCAUCGACCUGCACUCCAGCUCAAAAUCAGGGUCUUCUUGUUGUUAACAGUGGCUGCUGCUUUGGGAAUGUUGCUCAAGCCAAUAAGCAUGGGCAGCUCUGGGGCACUCUGAGGAGAAUAACCACAAGGACAGUAGGUGGUUUGCUCACUGGGGAGUUGCAGCCUCACCACUGGAAUUCUGGCUGGAGUUUUCGGGCACGGAGUAUGUAUCUGCAGGAGGGAGUUGUUAAAAGAGCAUGUCAGCAUAGUCCUGCUUCCAUCUCUGCCUAUUUUAGCAGGUUUAAAGGACUGGGUUAGCGUCCU